AUGCCUCAUAAGCUGAGAUAUUCCUACGGCCAGCCGUUCGUUUACCGGGACUGCCAGGGUGAACAAGAGACUGUCUUCUGGGGUACUAUGACGAGAGAUCGUUUCCUUUGUCCUGCUAAGAUGAGCGCGGAAAAGCUUUACACGCUCAACUGCCUCGCCGAGAUGCCAGUUGAGGGGAAAUGGUAUUGGCUGUGCGGUGUAGGGAUGACUUUCGAAGUUUUCAUUCGAAUAAUCGUUGAGUUUCUGAAGUCCUUGGUCUUGUUGUUGUUGAUUUAUGUCGCUAAAGGCAACGAGAAGCGAAAAGCUGACUGA